GUCGGCGGGACCGGAGCCGCGGGACCUCACCAUGAUGGAGAAUGUGGCGGUGAAGUUCAGAACUUAAGGUCACAGAACUGGUCCAUGGUAGAGGCAAGAAGCAGACACAGACCACCUGGUCCUAGAGCCUGAACUCAGUCGCUUCUACACUCAGUCUACCACUUUAGGGCACAACUGUGCAUGGCACUGACAUCUGUGUGAACUUACCUCUCCAAUCAUGAAGUCUCUCUCAUGAUCAUCAUCUUCAGACACUCCAGUCACCCGUAUUCUUGAUCUGCUAGUGGCUUCCAUUUGUCACUCCGCAUAAGAAGAACAGCUUUCCCGGAGGUGAUCCACAGCAGGGUGAGAGGCCACUAACACCAUGUUCUGCACGAAGCUGAAGGAUCUCAAGAUCACAGGGGAGUGCCCUUUGUCCUUACUGGCACCUGGGCAGGUUCCCAAAGAGCCAGGAGAAGAGGUAGCGGGAACCUCAGAAAGUGGCAAAGCAACUCUGCCCAUCUGUCAGGAUGUCCCUGAGAAGAAUGUACAAAGAAGUCUUCCUCAAAGAAAGACCAGUAGGAGCCGAGUCUAUCUUCACACUUUAGCAGAGAGUAUUUGCAAACUGAUCUUUCCUGAGUUGGAGCGGCUGAACCUUGCACUUCAGAGAACAUUGGCAAAACACAAAAUAAAAGAAAGCAGGAAAUCUUUGGAAAGAGAAGACUUGGAAAAAAUAAUUACAGACCAAGCAAUUGCAGCAGGAGUUCCAGUGGAAAUCGUCAAAGAAUCUCUCGGUGAAGAACUUUUUAAAAUAUGUUAUGAGGAAGAUGAACACAUCUUGGGUGCGGUUGGAGGAACCCUCAAAGAUUUUUUAAAUAGCUUCAGCACCCUUUUGAAACAGAGCAGCCACUGCCAAGAAGCAGAAAAGAGAGGCCGGUUUGAAGAUGCUUCCAUUCUGUGCCUGGAUAAAGAUCAUGAUUUCUUAAAUGUUUACUAUUUUUUCCCUAAGAGAAUCACGUCCCUGAUUCUUCCGGGCAUCAUUAAGGCAGCUGCUCACAUAUUGUACGAAACCGAAGUGGAAGUGUCACUACUGCCCCCCUGCUUCCGAAAUGAUUGCAGCGAGUUCGUCAAUCAACCCUAUUUGUUGUACUCCCUUCAUGUCAAAAGCACCAAACCAUCCCUGUCCCCAGGCAAACCCCAGUCCUCGCUGGUGAUUCCGGCUUCCCUCUUCUGUAAGACUUUUCCUUUUCAUUUCAUGUUUGACAAAGACAUGACCAUUCUGCAGUUUGGCAAUGGCAUUCGAAGGCUGAUGAACAGGAGAGACUUUCAAGGAAAGCCUCAUUUUGAAGAGUACUUUGAAGUUCUGACUCCGAAGAUCAACCAGACGUUUAGUGGAAUCAUGACUAUGCUGAACAUGCAGUUUGUUGUCCGAGUGAGGAGAUGGGACAACUCUGUGAAGAAAUCUUCCAGGGUCAUGGACCUCAAAGGCCAAAUGAUCUACAUUGUUGAAUCCAGUGCAAUCUUGUUCUUGGGGUCACCCUGUGUGGACAGAUUAGAAGAUUUUACAGGACGAGGGCUCUACCUCUCAGAUAUCCCGAUUCACAAUGCACUGAGGGAUGUAGUCUUGAUAGGGGAACAGGCCAGAGCACAAGAUGGCCUGAAGAAGAGGCUGGGCAAGCUGAAGGCCACCCUUGAGCAAGCCCACCAAGCCCUGGAAGAGGAGAAGAAGAAGACGGUGGAUCUCCUGUGCUCCAUAUUUCCCUCCGAGGUUGCCCAGCAGCUGUGGCAAGGGCAGGUUGUGCAAGCCAAGAAGUUCAGUAAUGUCACCAUGCUUUUCUCAGACAUCGUGGGGUUCACUGCCAUCUGCUCGCAGUGCUCGCCGCUGCAGGUCAUCACCAUGCUCAAUGCACUCUACACUCGCUUUGACCAGCAGUGUGGGGAGCUGGAUGUCUACAAGGUGGAGACCAUUGGUGAUGCGUAUUGUGUGGCUGGGGGAUUGCACAAAGAAAGUGACACCCAUGCCGCCCAGAUAGCACUGAUGGCCCUCAAGAUGAUGGAGCUCUCUGAUGAAGUCAUGUCUCCCCAUGGAGAACCUAUCAAGAUGAGGAUUGGACUGCAUUCCGGGUCAGUGUUUGCUGGAGUCGUUGGCGUUAAAAUGCCUCGCUACUGUCUUUUUGGAAACAAUGUCACCUUGGCCAACAAAUUCGAGUCCUGCAGCAUACCACGGAAGAUUAACGUCAGCCCAACGACGUACAGAUUACUCAAAGACUGCCCUGGCUUUGUGUUUACCCCUCGUUCAAGGGAGGAACUUCCACCAAACUUCCCCAGUGAAAUUCCUGGAAUCUGUCAUUUUCUGGAAGCUUAUGAACCAGCAACAAAUUCAAAACCGUGGUUCCAGAAGAAAGAUGUUGAAGAUGGCAAUGCCAAUUUUUUAGGCAAAGCCUCAGGAAUAGAUUAACAAAAUAUGUAUCUGAUUAUUAGUCUUUGGGUUUUGACUCCUAUGAGCAUGUGUGGAAUCUCUGAAAGCACUUUAAGAUUGAAAUGACUAAGAAUAGUAUUAAAAUUUCAGGAACUAAGUCACGAUCUACUUUUCUUCCACUUAACAUGACAAAAAUGUAUUCACUUCAAACCUUCAGAG